CGACGCGAGAGAGUAGGGUGGGUGCGCAGUGCGCACACGUUGGCGACAGAUUACGGCAUACUUUCCGCCGCUGUAGUGUAAUUUAUCUAAAUAUCGGGGAUUAUUUUGGUCGUUUUGGAAAUACAUGCGGCUGUCGCGAGCGGAGUUGGGCUGCUGACUGUAUACAGGGGAAGACAGUUCGAUUGGGCAUGUAUAAUGUGAUAUAUCACUGCCGGCAAUUAGUUUGCCAACUGAUCGACCGGAAGUGCAACGGCGGAACAUAUGCCCAACGGCUCCCUGUUCCUGUGUGCUUGGGCUGUGCAGGGGCAGAAAAUUUCCCAUCUGCUUAGUGAUGCGCAUCCACUCUUGCUCGUUGUGCGGGAGGAAAUAGUGUGGCUUUGUUGAUAUAUUCCAGAGGAUGUUGUCUCGGAGAUUUUUUUUGUUUUGUUUGUACCAAGCGGCGUGAGUGUUUGUCGCGCUGCUGAAUGGGAGACUUUGUGAUUUUUAAGCGGAAUUUCCUUGCUGGAUUGGUGUGCCGAAACGUUUUCUGGGAUUUUUAGCAAAUUGUUGGAUCUGCUCGAUUUUUUAUAAUGUUUUUUUGAUCGACGUAUGCUUCUUCGGAGCACGUCCCUACUCUUCAGACGUGAAGUACAUUUUUCCAUGCUUUCUUAAUUUGGAUCACAGCUUUUCCCGGCAGGAGCACGUUCGUUUCGUGUGUUUUUAGUACUUUUUACUACAUAAUUGUAUGGAAAUCCGUGUACCGCUUUUGACCGCACGGAAUCGGGAAUUUUGAAUUUUUAAAACACUUUAAAAAUGACAGAUAUUAUUUUCGUCGUCAAAGAACGCAAGUUUGACGCGUUUGAUGAUAUUGCGGAAUUUUAAAAAAAAUAUUACCGCGUUUUUGAUCUAUUUUCGAACUUUCAUCUUCAGUGUUUUAAGCCUGAUAGUUUCAGCGAUUCAAUCAUGCUUCAUUCUUUAAUGACUGUCUGCCAUAGUACUACGAUUUUCUUGUUAAUAACACAAGGUGGUCGCCAAUGUUGACAAGGUUAGUUGAGGGAAGAGUUUGAUUUUGUGUGGGAUUCUGCGUUUCUUCCCGUCAAAUUUAUCAAAAGAUUAUCGCUGGACUAAAAUUUAUCAACGAAUUAUUUUGGAAGUGGUGAUAAAAAAGUUAUUUUAAAUAUUUAUUUUCCCUCCAUAUACCGGCCAGGUGGUCGGAAGGAUCUUCAGGAAUUAUUGUGAAUGACCCAAGCGGAGAGAAAGAAGGUGAAUUGGUUGGAGGAACGGCGCAGGGAACAGCCGCUGCUCAGUGUAAAGGCUCAUGUCUACCAUAUUGAUCCCAAAUCGAAGAAGAGCUGGAUCCCCGCCACCGGACAGGCCGUGCCGGUGUCCUUCUUCUUCGACUCAUCGAGGAAUCUUUACCGCAUCAUCAGUGUCGAAGGCACGAAGGCGGUAAUCAACUCCAUCGUCACACCGGCCAUGAGCGUGACCAAGACCUCGCAGAAGUUUCUGCAGUGGUCGGACAGUCGGGCCAACAUGGUGUACGGGCUGGGCUUCGCCAAGGAGGAGGAUCUCAGUCUGUUCCUGGAGAAGUUCAAGGAGGUGAAGAUGCUGAGCGUCGGGCAGAAGGGCGACGGCGGCCUGGAGUCGGGCCAGCAGAGCAACGGGCCCGGCUCCCUCAUGAGUGUCUCGCAGGUGGCCGUCAUGCCCCGCUCCGCCUCACCCCCCAGCAGUGCCUCCUCCAACAGCAGUCCCCGGCCGCCGCCUCUCAUGACCGGCAGUGUCUCCGCCACGCCCACCAUUCCCCCGACAGGCCAAAACCAGGGCACCCUCAACGAAUCGCAGUUGCGCGUGGAGAACGAGAAACUGCGCGAAGCCCUGGCCAAGAGCUCGGCCAACGCGGACAAGUGGAAGAUUCAGUUGAAAUCGCUGGAAGAUGAGAAGCAGAAGCUGCUGAAGGCGCUGGAGGAGAGUCAUGCCAAUUUGAGUCGAUGGGAAACGGAAGUCAGUGUGUAUCGAACUCGAGUGGCGGAGUUGGAGCAUCGAAAAGGCGGUAUAAAUGGGGAGGGCAGUGUGUCGGGCGAGGAAGGCGGAAGCGGAGUUAAAAUGGAGCUGGAGCGGCUGAAGGGCGUGGUCUUGGCCCUGGAGAAGCGGAACCAGGCGAAAGACGCGGAAAUCUCAAAUUUAACGGCGCGGUUGGACGAGCUAAGGGUCAAAGAGUCCAGCAUGAGCCAAGGCAGUCAUGAAAAGUUACAGACGAUGGAAUCGGACAACCGCGCCCUGAAACUGGCCAUCAGCGACAUGCAGGAGAAGCUCAGCCGGCAAGUGGCCCUCAACGAAAAUCUCCGCUCGGAACUGCGUCUGCUACGCACCCACGUCAGCCGGCAGCUGACCGACUGGAAGAAGAUGGACGAGAAGCUGAACGAAUUGAUCAGCAGCAAUCCCAGCAGUUAAUAUCAAAGAAUACUCCCGUUCUGACGAAUCUCUUGUUGUUUUGCUCCGUCCACGCUUUGGAAUUCGGGACGCUAAUCUGGAUCAAAGGGAUCUCUUCGCUCGGCGCCGGGCUGGUGGGGGCAACGGGACGGGGAGGCGGUUACGUAUUCGUUAAUAUUUUUGAUUUUAUUUUGGUGUCAUGUGGUCUUCCUCACUUGGCUUUUUAAGGGUUUACAAUUCUCAAUCGGAUGAAGGGGAGAGGAAAAAUGCAUGGUUCUCUUGGUGAUGAUGUACGUAAUCCUGAAUUUUGUCUUCGAUGACGCGCAGUGGCAAGUUGCUUUUUUUCCAGUAGUCUUUUGACUAUCUUGCAAGAACGUUGUCAUUAAAAUUUAGCAACGGAAAAUAACCAGAAAAAA